CACAAAUGAUCUAGGACAUGUGUUCGUUCCUGCUGCACUCGUCGCAAAACCGCUUUUGCUGCCUUUGCCCCUAGUCUCAAAGGUUGGGUCUCCCAGCGACCUCAGCUUAGGCAAGUGAUUUACCCCAGGCAUCGCGACAGCGGGCCCCAGUGGACGCCUCCUCGGCCUGUCAUUUUAGGGGGAUUUCCUAAAUUAAAGUGCCCACUGCUUGGUGGGCAUAAGGAGACAGCCCACCCCACGGCUUACCUGCGUUAUUCGGUGUGUAUAGGUGUGGGAAUGUACUCCCUAGGUACAGUAUCUGCAUGUCUGUACGAAGUACUCUGUACUUCGAUCAUAAGGUAUGGGCUUUUCAGACUAAUCAGGUCGUCGUUGCCUUGCUGGUUGGGGGCACUUAUCGGGUUGAUGUUUUCAAGUUGUUUUAUUAUUAUUAUUCUCUGGCUGGUGCUCUUCUGCAGAUUCCCUCUCUACCUUCCCGGAAGCUAUCUCUCGAUCUUCUUCAUUGGAGUCUUGGGUCGGGUGGAAGUAUGAGAAACAGUCGAUCCAACGGAGCUACUAGCUAUUCUAAGUUACUUUCAUUGGGGUUCUUAUUGGGGGGUUCCCUGGUGGGAACCGGUGGAUAUGUAAUCAACAAGCCUAGUGACUAGGUACCUCCCAGGUACCGUGAGUGAGGUAUGCGGCGUUAAAAUACGCGGCGAGAAACGAAGAGAUGGGGAGGCGAAAAUGAGAAUUCG